AUUCAGCAUCUACAAAUACGUGCUACGCAUGUUUCCUCUGCUAGUAAUUAAAAAUGUGGAAAUUCAAUUCAAUAAUGCCAUUAUUUUUUAAUCCCAUAUUUUUUACAGGAGUGUCAUUCCUCCAAAUUACCUGCGGAAGAAGGCGAAGACUUGGAGUCGUCGCUGCAAAAUAUCCAGCUUGCUCAAACUCUCUUUCUACAUUUCCUCCACUGCUGAAGCAGCGAACAUCCAUCUCAAGACCUCAAAACACAUGGAUUCAGUUCUUCAAGCGGGCGUUGUGUCGGCGCCGCUGCAAGUGUUAAUCGACAGGUUUGCUACCUUUGCUGUGCAAGAGACGAGCCUAGUAUUAGGCGCCGACGAAGAAUUCCGCAAGCUGCGAAGAACACUCGAAAGGAUCAGAGCAAUGGUCGGCCGCGUGGAAGAAAAUCGCUCAUUUUUCUCCAACAGAAUCAGCGGCGAGGCGUGGAAGACGUGGCUAGAAGACGUGGAAGCGCUCUCCUUCUCCGCCGAUGAUCUGCUCGACGGAAUUGAACUGGAUCUAGCGAAGCGCGCGGCCAAUCGAGACGGACUGCAGGUAAGCGAUAUGUUUACUUCACCUUCUAAAUUGACCGUACCUCGUCAAGUGAAUAAGAUUAGGCUAGAAUUGGAGGAGAUUGCCAGAGAAAUGGAUGCACUUUAUAAGACCGAGUUCACAAAAUUGGGCUGUAAGUGUAAUCCAGCUUACAAUGGUGGUACAAGUUCUUUGGUGGAUGAGAGGAAUGUGAUUGGGCGUGAAGGGGAUAAGAAUGUGAUUGUUCAGUUGCUGUUGGAUGAGCGUUUGAGCACAAGUAGGGUUUCUGUUGUUCCCAUAAUUGGCAUGGGCGGGAUUGGGAAGACGACUCUUGCUCAACUUGCUUACAAUGACAACAGACUUGUAGACAAGUUUGAGCUGAAGAUGUGGACUUCUGUGUCAAUGGAUUUCGACACCAUUCGCAUCACGAAGUCGAUUGUAGAGUCUGCAUUGGGGAAAAGGUGCAAGUUGUCCGGCCUUGAUCGUGUUCAAGUUAAACUUCAGGAAUUGAUUCGUGGCAAGAGGUUUUUACUUGUGUUGGAUGAUUACUGGAGUGAGGAGCACAGAGAUUGGGAUAUCCUGUCUUCUCCUUUUAGAGUUGGGGCACAUGGUAGCAAAAUCUUGUUGACCACUCGAAGCAUGAUUGUGUCGCGAAUUGUUGGAACAGUUCCUUCACAUUGUGUGGAGAGCUUAAGUGAGGAGAACAGUUGGGAAUUGCUUAAGCAAAGAGCAACUUCAGGUAGAAAUUUGACAUGCGAAUUCGAACAAAUUGGAAGACAGAUAGCAAUGAAAUGUAAAGGGUUGCCUUUAGCAGCCAAUACUCUUGGAGGCAUGCUGCACUUCAAAGAUGAUCCAAAAGAAUGGAUCUCUGUUCUAAACAGUGAAUUGUGGGAUUUGCACAGUGGUGACAAUGACAUCUUUGCAGCUUUAGCCUUGAGCUAUUAUCAUUUGCCGGCGCAUUUGAAAAAAUGUUUUGCUUAUUGUGCCAUGUUCCCAAAGGAUCAUGACUUUGAAGUCAGUGAGUUGGUUUUUCUAUGGAUAGCAGAAGGAUUUGUGCAUCCCACCGGAGCUAUGGGGAUUGAAGAGCUUGGCUAUGAUUACUUCAAGAAUUUACUCUGGAGGUCAUUUUUCCAGUCCUCGGGUGUUAAUGUCCGUGGUGGAGAAAUGUAUAAGAUGCACGACCUUACUCACAGCAUGGCUCAACUUAUCUCGCCCCGUACUUGUUUGCAUCUGAAAGAUAGCCAAUCAAAUGAAAGUCCCACAAGUUUCAAGAACACUCGUCAUGCUUCUAUGGAUUGUCCGAGCCGGCAACCAAGAGUGUUAGACGGUUAUCAUUGGUAUGAGAAUUUGAGAACGCUUAAAGUCAUGUCUGUACAUGGUGGCAACAUUAGAGUUCCAUACCAUCUUUUUCUGAAAUUGAAAUCUUUGAGAGUGUUGGAUUUGAGUCGUAUUGGCCUUGUUGAGCUACCCGAGUCUGUUGAGCACUUGAAAUAUCUUCGUUAUCUCAAUCUCUCUGAGAAUGGCUUCAUGAAACUGCCUGAGUCACUUGCCAAUCUCUUUAGUUUACAGAUACUAAAGCUUGAGCAAUGUCCUAGGCUUCGUGAUCUGCCAAGAAAUACGAAGAAAAUGGUUAGUUUGCAGCAUCUUCAUUUGGACAUGAAGCAGCUUAACGAAAUGCCACCAGAAUUUGGAAGGUUGGUCAAUCUCCAAUCUCUAUCUGCAUUUAUCGUUGGGAGAACUGAAGGGCAUGGCAUUGAAGAGCUUAAAAACAUGAAGCUUUUAAGAGGAUGCCUUUCUAUCAAGAAUCUUGACUAUGUGCCAACUAUGAACGAGGCCAGGCAAGCUAUGCUAGACACGAAACCAUUCCUUGAUCGGCUUGAAUUGGAAUGGAGUGGCUAUGCAGACAGAUACCAUCAUGAACAAAUUCUUCAUGGUCUUCGACCACAUGAAAAUCUGAAGGAGCUAACAGUCACCAAAUAUAAUGGCAUUUCAUUGCCGAGUUGGUUUAGUACUCCGCUUUGCAAGCUUUCAAGUAUUAUCUUGCAGAGUUGCAAGAACUGGCAUAUUCUUGCCCCUCUUGCAAAGCUUCCAGAUCUGAAAUCUCUUACUAUCGAGGGCAUGCUGAAUUGGUCUCAAGUUAACCAAGACUUCUCUGGUUUUCAAUCGUUGGAGUCUCUCACGAUGAAGAACAUUCCAAUUUUGGUUUCAUGGGAUCUGUUCCGUGGUAGUCGAUUCCCUCGCCUUCACACUCUUCACAUUGAUGAUUGUCCGAUGCUUACCAAUCUACCGUCGCUUGUGGAUAUCCGUUGUUUUCAUUCUUUGGAAAUCAAUCAAUGUCCUAACAUUCGUUCAUUGCCACAUGAUGGUUUCCCUGCUUCUCUUGCAGCAGUGACAAUUUCAGACAGUGAUAUGCUCACAAACAGAUGCAGAGUACAAGAAGGUGCCGAUUGGCACUUGAUUAAAUCAGUUCCAAAGAUAGUGAUUGACUAUGUGGAGAUUGAUUGGGACAUGAGAAAAUUUUAGAGAAAGUUGAUUGACUAGCUUUUGAGCAAAUGUUAAAGUUUCAUUUGUUUCUGUAUUAGUUGAAAGAUAGUAUUUGCAUGCAA